CGAAUACCACAAUUUUCAUCACCACAAUUAAAGUGUCGUCGGGUGAACCCCAUGGCUUCGCUUCCCCUUCCGCCUUCUUCAUCCUUGCUCGGCUGUCGUCGUUCCUUUGCUCCUGCUUCUUCGGCUCUCCCUUUUCCUCGCCCAUCAACGGGGGCCCUGCAGAAAUCGACCCGUAGGAAGAAGUUCUUCGUUCCAGCUGCUGCUGCGGUGCUGGAUGAGGCCCCGGUGCUCGAUCCGUCGCAAGACCCUAGGGAUGCCGUCGCGUCCUUGAAGCUGAAGCUUCUUAGUGCAGUUUCAGGGUUGAAUAGAGGCCUUGCAGCUAGUGAGGAAGAUCUGAGAAGAGCAGAAGCUGCUGCCAAAGAGCUUGAGUCUAUAGGAGGAACAGUUGAUCUAACAAGAGACCUAGAAAAACUUCAAGGAAGAUGGAAAUUAAUCUUUAGCAGUGCUUUCUCUUCUCGCACGCUUGGUGGAAGCCGUCCUGGACCUCCAACAGGCAGGCUAAUUCCAUUAACUCUGGGACAGGUUUUCCAACGGAUUGAUAUAUUUAAUAAGGACUUUGACAACAUAGUGGAGCUUCAGUUUGGCACACCAUGGCCACUUCCGCCGAUUGAGGCUACAGCUACUUUAGCUCACAAACUUGAAAUUAUUGGGACUUCUAACAUAAAGAUAACAUUUGUCAACACUACUAUAAAGCCCACGGGGAGCUACUCUCAGCUUCCACAGCUGGAAAUUCCUCGUCUUCCAGAUUCACUGAGACCUCCUUCCAAUACAAGGAGUGGUGAGUUCGAAGUCACUUAUGUUGAUAGAGAUACUCGCAUCACUCGAGGAGAUAAAGGGGAGCUUAGAGUUUUUGUCAUUUCAUGAGCACCAGUAUAUUUCUCUUCUUCAAGUUUUUUCUCGUAAGUUUCUACCAGGUAUUAUUCUACGUUUUUCAGUUUAUACGUUGAAAUAACUGAUGAAUUCGUUAUUGUACAUGCUGUAAAUUUUAAGAACUUUGUUACAUACUGUUUGCUUAGGUUGGAAAUAAAGAUUCAAGUACCCAUCAAA